GAUCUCCUAGCUUGAUGCAGGGGUGCUGUCGACAGCCUGCAGCUUCAGAAAAUAAAGCAGACUAAUUUCUCCCGGGUAUUUAUAAUCGUUCCGGAAGAUGGUGGCUAAACAGAGGAUCCGCAUGGCCAACGAGAAACACAGCAAGAACAUCACGCAGAGAGGAAACGUAGCCAAGACGCUGCGACCACAAGAGGAGAAGUAUCCUGUGGGUCCCUGGCUGCUUGCCCUCUUUGUAUUUGUUGUGUGUGGAUCAGCCAUAUUUCAGAUCAUCCAGAGCAUCCGAAUGGGGAUGUGAUGCAGAAGAAGCGUCCGGACUCCUGUCCCCCCUCAUGCCUUCACU